AUGGCGGAUACGGGAAGGACGUUGGGAGAGGAGUUCGAUGUGAUGCUUUCCGGUGGUUCUGGCAAGUGGCGGCUCGGUGCCUUCACGUUCAAGGAACACAACGGCCUGCGGAUCGCGGCGAUCCACAGCACCGGAGCGCUCUCCGAUUGGAACAAAGUCCAUCCCGACAAGCAGGUGAAAGCCGGCGAUCUGCUCGUGGAGAUCGACUCGCAGAAGCCCGAGGGCGGGAUGCGAGGCAACGGCCAGGCGCUCUACGAAGAGCUGCUCAGAGUGCCCCGUCCCUGCCGUCUGGUGAUCGGCGCAGGGCCAUUGCACGUGGGGUGA